AUGGUGGACAAGUUCGAGCUGCUGAAGACACCUGUCAAUAGGGCAGCUGCGCGGAAGAACAAGAAUGAGAAACUGCGAUUACGCGUCAUCUUCUUAGACGAUAGCGAGAGAGUUUUCGAGGUGGAGAGAAAGAUUAUGGGUUCUGAUUUCUUCAAUAAAGUGUGUGGCCAUCUGAAGCUACUGGAGAAGGAGUACUUCGGCCUGGAGUUUCGACACCAUAAUGGCAGCUUUGUCUGGCUUGAACUCCUUAAACCAGUGGCUAAGCAAAUCAAAAACACCAGCGAUGUGGCUUUCCAUUUCAUAGUGAAGUUUUUCCCUCCAGACCCAGGACAACUGCAGAAAGGCUUGACCAGGUAUCUGUUUGCCCUUCAGAUCAAACAGGAUCUGUCCAAUGGCAGCCUCACCUGCAAUGAUAACAGCGCCGCCCUGCUGGUCUCUCAUAUACUGCAAGCAGAAAUUGGGGAUUAUGACGAGGAGCUGGAUGCUCAUCAUCUUGAAAAUAAACAAUACGUACCAAACCAGGAGUACUUGGACCAUAAAAUAAUUCGUUUUCACAAAAAAAACAGAGGUCACACUCCUGCCGAAUCAGAUGUGCAUUUGCUGGAAGUUGCUCGGAAAAUGGACAUGUACGGGAUUCGCCCUCAUCCUGCUCAUGAUGGAGAAGGCAUGAGAAUCAACCUAGCUGUCACCCAUAUGGGAGUACUUGUUUUUCAGGGAAACACGAAGAUCAAUACCUUCAGCUGGGCCAAGAUCCGCAAACUGAGCUUCAAGAGGAAACAUUUCCUGAUCAAACUCCACACUGAGACUGGGCCUUCGAGGAGAGACACGGUGGAGUUUUCCAUGGCCAGCAGAGACGUGUGUAAGGCCUUCUGGAAGAUGUGUGUGGAGUAUCAUGCGUUCUUCAGACUUACAGAGGAACCAAAGUCACAUCAGAAAUCCAUUCUGUCCAGCAAAGGAUCCAGUUUCAGAUACAGUGGCAGGACACAGAAGCAACUUCUCGAGUGUGUGGGCUCUGGAGACAAGAAACAUUUGCCUUUUGAAAGAAGUUACUGCAAGUCAGAAUAUGACACUAGGCAAUGCAGAUCCUCCCCAGACAUUCUGACUGAUGUCUCCAAGCAGCUAUACGAGCAUCUACCUCCAAACCCAACUGUUACUCGGCAACACAGCGAUCAGACAGGUGUAACAAAGCGCAGCUUAUCUGCAAUGGAAGUCAUGUUCACUAAUGAGCUGGAAACAUCCAGGCCCUUGUCAAGAAAUCCUGCCUUCUCAAGCAACUCUGCCUCUCCCAAGCUUCGUUCCCUGUCUACGUCAGGGGCUGAACAUCGGAGUAGAGGACCCCAGAGACAGAAGGCAAAGAGGAGAUUGUCUCCAAGCGCACAGCAUCUUGUGCUCCUCUAUCCUAAUGCACCCCACCUCCAGUUUCAUCCAGUUCUGCCCACUUUCCCACUCGCCACUCACCCAUACCUAUUGCAAGACCACACGUCCUCAUCCCUAGACCGCCUCCCUCAAACCCAUCAGAACCAUGUGCCUCUGCAAUACUUGCCCAGACAAAUUGCUCACUCAUCUAGGCCGACCUCUUGCUUGUCACCGCAACUUCAGAAGCAGCAGGAAAGGCUUCGUCCAAUUGGCCUGGGAUUAGGUGAAUCAAGAUUGUACCCUAGAGGAGGACUAGGGCUGAGGGCUGGGUUGAAUAGGAAACUGGACUUGAGCAGAGUGGAAGCAGGUCAUUAUAGUGACGAUUCAACCUUCCAGACUGGCUUACCCCGUCGAACCUCAAGCCAACCAGACUUCAAAUUCCAACGACCCACUCUUGCCUCAAACGCUGCUGCCUAUGCAUCUGAGUAUCGCCCAUUGGGAUACUAUCCACACCUUUCUCGACAUCAGGUUCCUGCCAGGCCCACUUACCUGCCUCUAAGUCCCGUCCCUCUCCCAGAAAGACCCACCUCUUUAUGUGUACUUGGCACAAGUAGUUACAGUGAUUCAGAUUCAGACACCUUCUACCCCUAUUUUCCCGCAUUGGGUAAAGUGGUACGUUCUGGACCAUUGGCACGCAUGCGCAUCUCUUCUGGAAGCCUCCAACUUGAUGAAGAGGAUGGAGAGGAUGAGGAAGAGGACUGCCUAAAUGAUCAGGAAAGCACAGCUCUUACCACAAUUAAGGUGAUGAAGUUAUAGCCAUGAAGAAAGGUUUGAACCAUUGGCCAGAUCUUGUGCUCUUAGAAGUUGUGUGAAAUCUGUCUCUGAGGUGUCACCCUUCCCAAAGGUAGCCCAUACUCACAUUAGUGAAUAUCCUUAAAUAUUAUAACUGUAAAGCAGUGGUUCCCAAAAACAUUCCUGGAGCAGUGGUAAGUCAGCCAAAGGAUUUGUUGUAGCCUAAUGGCUAAAGAGUCAGACUUGUAACUCAAAGGUAAAUGUAACCCCUAAUUGUACAAUUUUCUAGUAUGAGUAACCAUGACCCUCAUGUCACUGACUUUCAAUCUCAGGUUUGAUACAAUUCCCUGUAGACUUUGCACAGGUGUAGGCAACUCCUGUCCCGGUGGACCACUGUUGUUUAGUUUACACAUAGCCUUUGUUUUUCCUGUAUUACCUUAACAAACCAAAGACAUGGGUUAUAUUUUUUUAAGCUGAACUCUACAGGACAGUGGCCCUUCAGGAGUUGCCUACCCCUGACCUUAAAAGGAAAGUCUUGAGAUGUGGUCAAGUAAGGUGACCAAUACUCAGAAUGUGUGCUCUAAAUUUAACCCUUUUUUUUCUGUGGUGCCUGGGGAUUUGUUGGGGGUUUGGUGCCUUGUUCAAAGGACUCACAUCACGUAUUGUAUUGAUGGUAGAAAAGAGUGAUGGUUUUUCAUUCAUGCACCUACAAUCCCUAAUGGUGCAAGGACUCAAAUCUACAACAUUUGGAUCACAGGUCCAACACUAAUUAGGCCACAGCUGCCCCUAACAUGUAAAGGUACAUAUUAGCACCCAAUCAAGGUUUUAAAUCAGGGGUACCCAAACCCUCUACAGCACAGGUGUCAAAGCCAGUUCCUGGAGGGCCGGAGCUUUGCACAGAUUAGUUCCAACCCUAAUAAAACACUGCUGAUCAAACUAAUUCAGUCCUUCAGGUUUCUUUGAAAUCUAUAGGUAAGUGGGUUGAAACUAAACUGUACAGGGCUGCGGUCCACCAGGACUUGGUUUUGACACCUAUCAGUUUUGUUCUAGCACCCAAAUAAGUACACCAAGUACAAAUCUAAGUCUUCAGGAUCAUUAGAGACAGGUCGAUGGCUUAUCUUCUGGCAGGAGCAGGAUUGAACGCCGCUGACAUUGAUUAUUCAUCAUAGUGCCUUUGAAAAGGUACCUCAGUUACAGACUUUGUACCAUUCUGAGAAACAAAGGGGGCACAUAACUUAUCAGUGGAGUAAUAUUACUGUAAAUAACUAUUUGAACCAUUUCAGUGAACUUCUGAUCAUGUAAUAUUUUGUUGUUAACUGCUUUGAAUUGAUGUAAAGGCAUAGUUAAGCCCUCAAAAAAAAACAAAAAAACGUAUCAUUUACUCACCCUUAUGUUGUUUCAACCAUGCUUGACUUACAUUCUUCUGGGCAACACAACAAGAUGAUGAUUUCAAGAACUAGAUCAUGAAUAAUACAGAAAGAUUAUGUGAACUAUCAACUGACUGAAAAAGAUCUGUCAAACAUAUGAAUACGACAUGAUGGCGAG